AGCGUUGAUGGAGGAUACGCUGAAAGGAAAAAGAAUCUUGACUGAUCACCAAUGCCUUGAGCAAGCAAAGUGGUGAGAGCUAGGUUUUGGAUGGUCAAAAUUGCGUUCACAGGUCACCAUCUCACUUACUAUCCUUUUUCUAAUGUCCAAUCCUUCAUUUGUUGUUAUCUUUUUUUUUUUUAGGUUUUUUUUGUUUUAGUCAAGUACGUUUUUUAAGUCUAUUAAAAACCAUCCUAUCCAUCUCUUUUGUUGAGGUAAAGUUACAUACAAAAGAUUAGAUAAAGAUGAUCAUCAUCAACGUGAAGGAGACAACAAUGGUUAAGCCGGGGCUAUGGAUGUCUAACAUAGACUUAGUAGUGCCCUGCUUUCACACUCCCAGCGUCCACUUCUAUAGGUCCAUCCGAGGAGUCCCAAACUUCUGCGACCACGUCACAGUCUUCAAGCAAGCUCUCAGCAAGGCCCUCGUCCCUUUUUACCCCGCAGCUGGCCGCCUGAGGUGUGAUAACAACGGACGUAUUGAGAUCAACUGCAACGCAGAAGGCGUGUUGUUAAUCCAAGCAGAGACCAGCUCCAUCAUUGACGAUUUCGGCGACUUUGCGCCCACGCCUGAACUUGAGAAGCUCGUUCCGGCCCUUGACUAUUCCGCUGGCAUUCAUUCCUUUCCCCUCUUUGCCAUGCAGAUUACCAGCUUCAAAUGUGGUGGUGUGUCAAUUGGUGUGGCUAGGCACCACUACGCAGCUGAUGGGUGGUCUGGUUUUCAUUUUGUCAACACCUGGUCCGACAUGGUUCGUGGUUGUGACCAAAUCACAACCCCACCUGUAAUUGUUUUAGAAAGGACUUGGCUUCGUGCACGAGACAAGCCCCAGCCGACAUUCGACCACAUCGAAUACAAACUCCCUCCAACCUUAAAAACCAGCUCUGAAAAGCACCAAUCUGAAUCUGGUCAUCACUGUGAAAAUGAAACCACCAUGGCUUCCAUUUUCAAACUGACUAAGGACCACCUUAAUAGACUCAAAGCCAAGUCUAAGGAAGAUGGGAGUAAUAAUAAUAACAAUAAAGUUGGCUAUUAUACCACCUACGAGAUGCUGGCUGGUCAUGUUUGGAGAUGCACUUGCAAGGCACGUGAUCUUCCUGAUGAUCAAGAGACCAAAUUAUACCUCCCUGUCGAUGGAAGGUUUGUUAAAUAAAUUAAUAUUUGUGCACUUGUUAUAAUCAAUUACUCACUUACAGGGUCUAUUUAUGCCAUUAAUGGGAUUGACUUAUUUUAUUAUUUUGUAGUAGGGCCCUUGGUCACACACUCUCUAUAAGACUUCAAUUGGCCCAUUGGACUGGAGGACCAGCUCUCUUUAUAAGCCUAUUGACUUAUCCAUAUUUUUUUAGUAUAAUUAUAUUAUCAAAUUAUUAUUAUUUUAUAU